UGUCCGAUUGCGGCAGGUAUUUGAUAAUGCCUAUAGUUAAAGGUUGUCGUGACAAUCUCCUUUAUUAUAUUGAUCUAAGCGAGACAAAAAAUGUAAUAUCAUCCCUGAAGGUUAUCAAGGUGAUAGACGUGUUUGAAAAUGACUACGAGUACAUAACCAACGUGGGAUCAAAAAUGUAUCUUAGGACGAAUAAAAGCGCCCCCAACUACAGAAUUAUUGUUAUAGAUUUGGAAAAUCCCCUUGAAGAAUAUUGGCAAGCAAUAAUUCCAUCUGGGAUUUCGGAAUAUUGACCAUUUAUUUGACUAAUUUUGCACCGGACUUCCAGCUUUGACUCUAAAAUUUAAGAUAAAAAAAAAAAU